CUGUCACAGCAACUGAACGUGUUUAAUAUUCCCUUUUCCCUGUUGUUGUCAUCGUUUUGUUGCCAUUUCCCCGGAAUAACCUCAAAUCGAACUGCUUCAUCAAAUGUGGAAGUGGCAGCGAGCGCAGUGACCAUUGCCAAAAAAAAAGGGGCUUAGUCCCGUUAUAAAUUCCAAAAAAAAAAAAAAAAAAGAAGAAACCCACAUGCUGUAGAAUGAAUUCUGAAGACGGAUUCUCCGAUGAGGACCACGGCGACUCGCAUCGCUCUGUGCCCAGCCACAGUCCUUCCUGCCUGAGCUGCAGCAACUGGGACAGCGAUGAGGACACCUGCACGGAAAUCGCUUUGCCGGAGGGACCCAACCACAAUGUGGCCCCGGAUGACUUUGUCUACAAGGUUCUCUCCGUGGAUCAGAUAGUUCAGCAUCAGCGGAACAUCAUCGAUGAGGUGAACAAUGUCCUGAAUCUGUCGCCGCAGGUCACGCGGACUAUAUUGAAUCACUUUAAGUGGGACAAGGAGCGGCUGUUUGAGAAUUACUUUGAGAGCAGCCCGCAGGAGUUCUUCCAACGUGCGCACGUCCUGAAUCCCUUUGAGCAGGAGAAUGCUAGUCCUGCGGAAGCUGUGGGCUCACCCGCUUCUACAAAGAAGAAGCACUGCGGUAUAUGCUUCUGUGCCUGCGAUGAGCUCAAGGGCUUGGGCUGUGGCCACAGCUACUGCGUCGCCUGCUGGAAGCAAUACUUGGCCAACAAGACCUGCAGCGAGGGCUUGACACACACGAUCACCUGUCCGGCUGCCAAUUGCGAUAUCCUCGUGGACUAUGCCUCCUUUCUGGCGCUCGCCGAUGACCCCGAUGUUGUGGAGCGUUACAAGCAGCUGAUAACCAACACCUUUGUGGAGUGCAACACGCUGAUGCGAUGGUGUCCCGCCCCCAACUGCACCCAUGCCAUCGAGGCCAACUAUUUGGAGCCCAAGGCUGUGCAGUGCAAGUGCGGCCAUCAGUUCUGCUUUGGCUGUGGCGAGAACUGGCACGAGCCCGCCAGCUGCGGCUGCCUCAAGGAGUGGCUGAAGAAGUGCCUCGAGGACUCGGAGACCUCCAAUUGGAUUGCCCAGAACACCAAGGAGUGCCCCAAGUGCCAGGUGACUAUCGAGAAGGAUGGCGGUUGCAAUCACAUGGUCUGCAAGAAUCCCUCCUGUCGCUACGACUUCUGCUGGGUCUGUCUGGGCUCCUGGGAGCCGCACGGUUCGUCCUGGUACAGCUGCAACCGCUACGACGAGGAGGAGUCCAAGCAGGCGCGUCUGGCCCAGCAGAGGUACCGCUCAACAAUGGCCCGCUAUCUUCACUAUUACAAUCGCUAUGCGAACCACAUGCAGAGCAUGCGAAUGGAGCACAAGCUGUAUGCCAAUGUUCAGGCCAAAAUGGAUGACAUGCAGGCGGAGAUUAGCUGGAUCGAAGUCCAGUUUCUGCGCGAUGCUGUCGAUGCUCUGUGCCAGUGCCGCUCUACCCUGAUGUACAGCUACGUGUUUGCCUUCUAUUUGAAGAACAACAAUCAGAAGUUGAUUUUUGAAUAUAACCAAAGGGACUUGGAGAUGGCCACCGAGAAGAUCUCCGAGUGCUUGGAGCGGGAGAUCACGGCAAAGAAUGUGUAUGAUAUUAAGCAGAAGGUCCUAGAUCUCUCACAUUACUGCCAGAAGCGUCGGCAUGUCCUGCUUAGCCAUGUGCGAGAGGGCAACGAGAAGGACUGGUGGGAGUACAUCGAGGAUGCAGCCACCCAGGGCCAUUGAUCCCAUCGAACAUCUAUUCCAAACAUUUCACUGAAGACUUGCAACUAUCUUUCGGACUUCUCACAGAAUCCCAAAUUACACAGUUCAACACGGCAAUAAAAAAUAUUCAAUAUUGAAAAAUCUA